UACUGAUCCACAUGAAGGAUCAGCCUUUUGCUUUGCUCAGUGUAAAUUUGCAGAAGCUCCAUAGCCUACUCAGACAUGGCCCAGCAUUAGCCAACAGAAGAACAGAGAGGAUCCACUGGUGUUGGUAAAACUAGAUGACAAGAUCCCCAUGAAGCACUUGUUGGGAAAAUAUGCCCAGCCUUUCCCAAGAAAACCAAGAGAUCCCCGAGGAGCAUCUUCCCAGGCAGGCUACAUGGACACCAUUGCUGCCUCUGUCCAGAGCAGAGGGGGAUUAUAAUCUCAGUAUUCAUCAAGCCACAGAAAAUAGAGGAGACUAUCAGGCUGUGACUGCUGUCAAGCUCCCAGACUCUCCCGCGGUCCGGACGACGCUCCACCACCUUUCUACCCCGCUCGUCAGCUUCAGGCGAUUCUUCUCGGAUCUUCUGCGGUGUCCCCAUCCUGCUGCUCGCCCGCCACGCUGGGACUUCUCCUCUCAGCUUCCUGCCUGGCCCGCCUCCUGGCUCUCUCCAGUGUCGCUUCGCCUCCAGCUCCUACUCGCGGCCUCAAUGGCACUGCCAGGCCAACCUCCUAGGGGUCGUCGUCUGAAACUGACAAGUCCAAACACAGAGUCCAGAGAAGAGGACCCCUGCUCUGGGAGGAUUUCGCCGGAGUCCCCUGUGGGAUCCGAGAGGACUGAGAUGCGUGUACAGCAGAUGUGCAGCGGAAGCGGAAGCGAGACCCAGGGUUCCAUCCCCAGCCAGCCCGGCACGGGUGACCGCGGUUCCAAUGCCUGCUGCUUUUGCUGGUGCUGCUGCUGCAGCUGCUCAUGUCUCACGGUCAGAAACCAGGAAGACCAGAGACCCAGGAGAGCCUCCCAUGAGCUCAGAACAGACAUCCCAGCAUGUGAAGAAAGCCCUACCCCCACUCUGGAAGAAGUCUGUGCCUGGGCCCAGUCAUUUGACAACCUGAUGGUCACUCCAGCUGGAAGGAACGCAUUCCGGGAAUUCCUUCGGACAGAAUUCAGUGAAGAAAACAUGCUUUUCUGGAUGGCCUGUGAAGAGUUGAAAAGGGAAGCUAAUAAAAGCACUAUUGAGGAAAAAGCCAAGAUAAUAUAUGAAGACUACAUUUCUAUUCUCUCUCCUAAAGAGGUCAGCUUGGACUCCCGAGUGCGGGAAGGCAUCAACAGAAACAUGGUGGAUCCAUCCCAGCACAUCUUCGAUGAUGCUCAGCUUCAGAUUUACACCCUGAUGCACAGAGACUCCUAUCCCCGCUUCAUGAACUCCACAGUCUACAAGGACUUGCUGACGUCCUUAACUGAGAAAGCAGUUGAAGCAUAGGUGGCUUUGAAUAUAUUUAUUGUUACUAAAUCCAGAAAAUAACUCAUGGACUGCAUCCAGCACAGGGAAUCUAGAGGUAGGAUGUUCUCUGCUAGAGUGAUUCUCGGACUAUUGUAGCGACAAAUUCUUCCUCCGCAGAGAGCUACACAGUGUAACUGCAGCCUCCUGUAGUAAUACUUGUCAGAAAA